AUGUGGUAAGUUGAAUCAUACAAAAAGGAAAAGCAAAAAAAAAAAAGAUCGCAACCCAAAAUUAACAAGUUUUAUUUUCUUUAUCGACAAAUGGAACCUAAUAUCAUUGGAGUUGCUAUGACCAAUUCAACAUCGAGUUACCUUGAACAGCAGCUUGAAAGGCGGUUCAAUGUGUUCAAGCUUUGGGAAUGUCCAACGUUGGAUCCUGACACCGCCAAAUCCAUCAGAGCGGUGGUUUGCAAUACUCAGGCCGGUGCCGACGCUGAUUUGAUUGAUUCCUUACCGGCUUUGGAAAUGGUAGCAACGUUUAGUGUGGGAUUGGAUAAGGUUGAUUUGAAGAAAUGCAUGGAGAAAGGGAUUAGAGUUACGAAUACUCCCAACGUUUUAACUGAAGAUGUAGCCGAUGCUGCGAUUGGACUCGCCAUAGCGGUUUUGAGAAGAAUUUGUGAGUGUGAUCGGUUCGUUAGGAGUGGUUCUUGGCUGAGUCGUGAAUUCGGAUUGACAACUAAGUUCAGUGGCAAACCGAUAGGAAUAAUUGGGUUAGGAAGAAUCGGGUCAGCCAUAGCGAAGAGAGCUCAAGCAUUUGGUUGCACCAUCAAUUAUUUCUCAAGGACCGUAAAGCAUCAUCUCACUGACUACAAAUACUUCCCCACUCCUCUAGAGUUGGCUAAGAAUUCUCAGAUUAUGUUUGUUUCAUGUGCUCUUACCAAAGAAACCAAGCACAUUGUGAACCGAGAAGUACUUGAUGCGUUGGGUCCAAAUGGCAUUCUUAUCAACGUCGGUCGAGGUGCUCAUGUCGACCAGUCCGAGCUCAUCUCGGCAUUGCUCGAGGGCCGUUUAGGAGGAGCGGGAUUAGAUGUAUUUGAAAACGAACCCCAUGUACCCGAACAAUUGAUUCACGAGCUUCAGGAUAAGACAGUGCUUCUGCCUCAUGUGGGAUCUGAUACCAUUGAUACUAAUAUUGCAAUGGCUGACCUUGUCAUUGCCAACUUGGAAGCUCAUUUCAAGAAUCAACCUCUCAUCACUCCUCAGUGUUAUCAUAGAUCUCGUGUGUAACAUUCAACAUGAAGCAUUGUUGUAAGGAAUAAGCUCGCAACAUUCAACAUCGCCCUUCACAAUCAGAAGAAGAUGAAGUUGUUACGAGAAGAUAAUGUGUAGGAACAUUUUUAAAAAUAACAAAAUAAAUUAAAAUAUUUACAAAGUAUAGCAAAGUUUUAGAUCU